CAGAAAAUUGGUAAGUCAUCGUCUUGUCAAAAAAGGGGGCUCCAUCAAAAUUCGCUCCAAUGAAAUUAUGAUAUAUAGCAGCAUUUUUGCAAAAUUUAGAAAUGAUUUGGGCAAUAGGUUACAGUUAAUAAGACGAAAUAUUCACAAAAAUCAUUAUGAAACAUUAAAUCUAAGAAGAGACUGUUCACAGAAAGAUAUUCGAGAUGCCUACAUCAAAUUAUCUAAGCAGUAUCAUCCAGAUAAAACUAAGAAUAUAUUGGAUAACCAAAAAUUCUCUGAAAUCUCUGAGGCUUACAAUACAUUAAGUAAGACACAAUCAAGAAGCAAUUAUGAUUUGGGUUUAGCAACAAAUGACAAUGUUCAUCACAAUACCAAAUAUAGAUAUAGAUCAAAAAGAAGCCCCUUUCAUGACCCAAGUCUUUGGAGAAACAGGAACAGAAGCUAUGAUAGGUUUUAUGAGAGUCAACCAUAUUAUGGGAUUCAAGGAGUUCAGAAAGUUUCUAAUGCUGCUAUAGUCAUUUUGUGUGUAAUCCUAACAUUGACUGGUUUUGGUUUGCAAAUUAUAGCAAUUAGGAAUUCCAUUACCCUUGAUAGGGAAAGAAUGAACGAAAGAUCUUUUCUAGCUGCCCAUGAUCUAUCUAAAAGUAGAGAGGAAGCUGAAAAGAAUGGCAAUAAGAUUCAGUUGCAGAGGUUAAAAGAUAAAUUGAAGAUCAGUGAAUUUGAUGAAAAAUCAAUCAGCAAAGGAGAAUAAAUAGAAAUUGUAUAAACAAAAAAUACUAAAUAAA